AUGGACGCCGCCCAUGCAAAACCUCAGCCCACUGGUCACCACUUUCAAGAAAACUAUUCAGCCCGCAACCCAGUCCCAACUAUUCAAAAUUAUGAAAAAAACGUGAAAAACGUGCAGUCCAUAAGUGAUGAGAUACGUUCCACCAGUUCAAAUUCGACCGAGACACUGGAGCCGAACAGCGCAUCAAAGCCCCAGAUUGACGAUUCGGAAGAGCGACAAAAACACUUGGAUUCGAGUGACCACUCCGAAGCUGAGAAACAAGAAAUCAUGCAGCGCAUGAGAAGAAAAGAUGAAAAUCCUGCUCGACAGCUUGAAUUGCGUGGCCAGCGAACAGUGAAAGAUCCUGUUACUGACUCCAACGUUAUCAUUAGUGAUGCGCAAUUCGAUAUAAACCAAGCCUCCCGCAAUCAUGCACUUUCGGCUCCCCAAAAUUCGAGCGAAAAAGAUGCCAGUUUGCACAUAUCACCCUCUCCGAUCGCACCAGGGAAUAUUUGUCUCCAACCGUUUCCCCCACCGGUGCCUUCGGACCUCUUGGAUGAAAUCAACCAGGGAAUCAAGAAAACGUUUUACUUUAUCCUUGGCAGUUCUUCGGUCAUAUGGUGGUCAACUGCUUUUGGGGCUGGUAUAUCAACCUUUCUCUGGCGAAGUUUGCUGUUUGGGAUCUUUGGGGUAGGUUGCUUCUUCCAAGGAGGAUUGCUCAGCAGGAAGAUUGAGAAAGAACUUGAAAAGAUUCGAUUUGAAAUGCAUCGUCAGAGGGGAAUCCAAAACUCUCCACCGACUCCUGAAUCAACUGAAUGGCUGAACGCUUUCAUCUCUACGCUGAUGGGUCUUGUGAAUCCCGACAUGUUUUUGCCAUUGGCGGAUACAAUUGAAGACGUUAUGCAAGCUUCAUUACCUAGCUUCAUCGACGCCGUCAAGGUCUCCGACAUAGGAUUGGGUGACACUCCCUUGCGCAUUCUUUCUAUGCGAGCUUUGCCUGAUCAACCCGGGGACCCAGAGUACCCUCGUGACAGUUGGAUCACAGGGGACUAUCAUCAAAGGGAACGCGAAAAGCUCAGGGAAGAACAGAGCGGUGAUUAUGUAAAUUACGAAGUUGCGUUUGCAUACCAGGCUCGGCCUGGUCAAACGGACAAACUUCGCGCUCACAAUAUCCACUUGAUGGUUGAAUUUUUCGUCGGAGUUUUCGACUGGGUUCACAUCCCGAUUCCUAUUUGGAUUCAAAUUGAGGGACUUGCAGGAACUGCCCGCUUGAGGCUUCAAAUGAUUCAAGAACCUCCGUAUAUUCGAAAUCUUACCUUCACUAUGAUGGGAGUCCCGACGGUAUCGGUAUCGGCCAAGCCGAUGGUGCGGUCUAUUCCCAACGUUCUCGACUUGCCCGUGAUAUCUGGGUUUGUGCAAAGCUCGAUUGCCGCGGCUUGCGCAGAAUAUGUUGCUCCGAAAUUCAUGACGAUGAAUAUACAAGAGAUGCUUUCUGGCUCUGGGGCUAAAACCCAGACUCACGCACUGGGCGUGAUCAUGGUCACCAUUCAUCACGCAACAGGGCUUUCCAGCCAAGACGCGUCGGGUUCCUCUGAUCCCUACAUCGUGCUUGCGUAUGCGAAGUUUGGAAAGCCAAUCUAUUCUACACGGGUCAUCGGCAAAGAAUUAAAUCCUGUUUUCGAAGAAACGGCCUUCUUGCUGGUUUCCCAGGAUGAGAUUGAAGCAAGGGAAAAGCUUAGUGUUAUGCUGUGGGACUCCGAUGAGAGGUCUGCAGACGACUUGGUCGGACGAGUCCAGCUUCCCGUUUCCGAAAUAAUCAAAAAUCCCAAUCAGCUGAGUCGUCGUACCGAUAGGUUGCAGGGAUUUCAAGACGCGGAUGAUAUGCCGGGCGAGCUGACGUGGUCAGUUGGAUACUUCUCGAAAGUGGAUCUAGCCUCCUACCUCCCAAAGCCUACGGCCGAGUCCAACUCAGAAGCCGGCCCAACCAGUGCGCCAGUGCCAUCAGAAAAGAUGGAGGAUUGUAAAGAUUUGACUACACAAAUCCCUCCCAGCCGCCAGAUGAGAUCUGGUAUCGUGUCGGUUAUCAUUCAUCACAUCAACAACCUGGAACGAGCCAACCUCAAAGGUGCCAGCGGCGAUCGUGAAGGUGCCCAAGGUCAAGACACAGCAGCGCCAAGUGAACAAGAUGACAACCUGCCCAGCAGCUAUGCCGAAAUGAUAAUAAAUGAUGAGAUGAUCUAUCGCACCCGUGUUAAGCAACUUACUACAAUGCCAUUCUUUGAAGCCGGAACGGAAUACUUUAUCCGUGAUUGGACCGAAACCGUCGUCAGGAUAGCUGUUCGAGAUUCCAGGAUUCGUGAAAAGGACCCAUUGUUGGGGGUGAUAAAUAUUGACCUGGAGCAGCUAUUUGAGGACUCUUCUUGCUCGCAGGUUACUCGGAUUUUCUCGCUGCAGGAAGGCGUCGGAUUUGGCAGGGCGCAAGUGUCGGUUUUAUUUGAAUCUGUACAGAUGCAACUCCCACGAAACCUAUUGGGAUGGAACACUGCGACGCUCGAAAUAACUUCGACAAUUCGAGCCGAAUUGUCAGAUGAAUUGGCCGCGUACUUGAAAAAAAAGGGGCAGAAGCUCAAGUUGAAAACUGUUGAAGACACCAUCAAGGUUCCUCUGCUCAACCAACAAGAAAGCCCUACGAGUGUCGUGUGGGCAAACGAGUCUCAGAUCCCAGAUCACGAUCGCACUCUUCUGAGGGUUCCCAUCUACGCGAGGUACAAGUCGAAUGUCACAUUCCAAAUAGGCGGGGAAUCUGUGAUCAGCUCUCUGCUUCCCGGAGAAUCAGGCGCUCACAAGCACAUUGCGGUUCUGUGGCUGCAUACCCUUGAGGAUGAUGUCGAGCAGGAGAUACGCCUGCCAAUUCUGUCCGGCCCCAAUCUGACCACCCUGAGGCAAAAUUUCAUCAAUGACCAAACACGCGCGCAUCACAAUUACGAUGUGAAUGGUUAUUUGACGUUCAAAGUACGCGUGGAUCCUGGGUUGGAUCCCGAGCACGCCAGAUACGCCCAAAGCGCAGUGGCCAGACAUACAUUCGAAGCGUAUGACAACACCGAGGGCCAAGCUGAACAGGCUUUGAGAAACGCUCAUGCGUUGGCUCAUAAGAAGAAUCCCAGUGGCAGCUCCGACAGCGCGGCAAGCACAAACAGCGAUGGCCAUGCAGGAACUUUCAGACUUUCGAGCAUCGUCUCCAACAAAAGCCCCGAAGAGAAGGCAAUCGAAGCCGCUCAUAAGAAAUCACUCUCCUCACGUCAUCGCGGUGCAAUGCAAUACGGGCCAGUCCGAACAAGCAUCUGGAUGAAAGAGGGAAUCGGAAGGCGUGCACGAGAGCUCAAAAACAGAAUCACCAACAAGAUUGAAAAAGAGCCUCAAGUUGAAACCGAAGGAAGAGGCUAG